AUGUGCAUUAAAACGAACAACGAAACACGCUGUAUACGUGCUAUAACAACCAAUAAAACGAUUAGAAGGCUAAGACACGGAUCAGGAGAUCAAGCCGAGGAAUAUGGAAGUCAAGAUCCAGAAGAGUCCGAUGAUGACUCCCAACCGGUAACUACUCGACGAAAGCCGAAAAAACAGAUUUCACUUUCAAAAAAGGUCAAACCCACCAACAGAAAUGAUCAAGCCGAAAAAUCUACGAGUUCUGAUCUUUCAAAAUCACAUCUAAAGGCUAAACCAUUAUCAUUAGUUUCACAAUCCCAAUCCUUGCCAAUUGGGAUAGAAAGUAUACGGUCUAGCGAAGUUAGUAGUCCUGAAUAUAAUAGACCAAAUACUCCGCCUCAUCGAAUUGUUAGAAAUACAUACAACCAAGAAAUUCCGAUCAAUGAAAAUAUUUUAAUAAUGUCAGCUAAAAACUUAGCGAGUCUAGAUGAAUCUAAGUAUCUCGGCGAAUUUAUUCCUCUUUUUGUAAAAUAUAAAGAAUCAGAAAAAAAUAAUGCAUUUUUUUGUGCUAAUGACGACGUAAUGGAUAUUCGAGGGGAAAGCAGUGUUGCGAGAUUUUUGUCAAUCGACCAAUUUAUAAAAUUACUAUCAAAAAACCAAAUAGAAAAGCUAAAUUACCGGAAGACUGGCGGGACAACUGAGAAUGGGAUUGAGUCAUUCGCAAAACCUAUUCCCGAUGUUAAUGCAUCUGAUAUUAAUGAACACCAUUACUCGGCUGAAUUUGGUCAUCGUUUUUUUUCAAGAGCGUUACAAGAAUUUGUAGAUAUUGAUUGGAAGCAUGGAAGCCCCUACAAAGUAGUGGAUGGAAAAAAUGCGGAUUUGCUAGCAAGGAUAUGGGGAACUGGUGAAGAAAUCUUUGUCGGAGAACAAGCUGGGCCACCUAAUAAACCUGACCUCGCAAAGUUAUCAACGGAUUCAUUCAAGUUGUAUCGAGAAAUGCGAGAUUGUCUAAAUGUUAGGAUCUUACGAGCUAUGGGAAAAGGUGAUAUAGAUUACAAUAACCGUGUGGUCUUUGGAAUAUUUGAUUAUCUUUAUGAAAUCAAAAUGCUUAUAAUGUGGAAAGGUGGAAUAUGUUAA